AUGGCUUCGAAAGGAGCUGUCUUACCUCUUCUGAGGCGCGAAUUGCGACCCACUUGGUCGCGAUUCUCCAGACCCUCCGCCUCUCUCGCCCCCUUCAGCAACUCCGCCCGAAUCUCGAACAGCUCCCUCGCAGCGUCCGGCAAGCGUGCCAUUCGUCGCACCUCGUUCUUCCCGCCCGUUCAGACUCGAGCCUUUUCGCAAUCACUAUCCCGAAAGCUGACUGAUGAGCAUGGCAACUUUGAUCCGCGACAGUUGGACAGAGAGUCGGAUGAGGUCGAUGUCUGUAUCGUCGGUGGUGGCCCUGCUGGUCUGGCUGCUGCCAUCCGAUUGAAGCAACUCGCCAACGAAGCCGGCAACGAGGAAUUCCGUGUCAUCGUGUUGGAAAAGGCCGGUGAACUCGGUGCACACGUCCUUUCGGGUAACGUCCUGGAGCCUACCGCCAUGAACGAGCUGUUGCCAGAUUGGUUAUCGGAAGACAAUCCGUCUCGCUUCGAGAAUGUGACUCCGGCGAAGGAGGAUAAGAUGCGCUUUUUGACCAAAAACUCGGCCAUUCCGAUCCCUGCGCCGCCACAGAUGAACAACCACGGCAACUACAUUAUCAGUCUGAACGAACUUACGAAGUGGAUGGGAGAAAGGGCCGAGGAAUUGGGUGUUGAAGUAUACCCCGGAUUUGCGGCCAGUGAACUCGUCUACAAGAAGUCGGAUGGAUCGGUUCUCGGUGUGGCCACCAAUGAUUUGGGUGUUGGUCGCGACGGCAAGGCCAAGGACAGCUUCGAGCGGGGAAUGGAGUUCCACGCCCGCGUGACCCUUCUUGCUGAGGGUUGCCAUGGUAGCUUGACGAAGCAGGUGGUCAAGAAGUACGACCUGAGGCGCGAUAGCCAGCCUCAGACCUACGGUAUUGGUGUGAAGGAGAUCUGGGAGAUCCAGCCCGAGAAGUUCAAGCCCGGUGAGAUCACGCACUCCCUGGGAUACCCCCUUCCUAGCGACACGUAUGGUGGUGCGUGGAUGUACCACUUUGGCGACAACAUGGUCAGCAUUGGCUUGGUGGUUGGGUUGGACUACCCGAACCCCUGGCUGUCACCCUACGGCGAGUUCCAGAAGCUCAAGCACCACCCUCUGUACAAGGACGUCCUCGAGGGUGGAAAGUGCAUCUCGUACGGUGCACGGGCUCUCAACGAGGGUGGAUUCCAGUCGAUCCCGAAGUGCGCUUUCCCGGGAGGAGCGCUUAUCGGUGAUAGUGCCGGAUUCUUGAACGUUCCGAAGAUCAAGGGUACCCACUCCGCAAUGAAGUCGGCCAUGCUUGCUGCCGAAUCCGCCUAUGCGGCCCUGCAGGGCAGCUCGGAGGGCUCUGUAUUCCUGUUCGACUAUGAAGAAGCUCUGCGCAAGUCGUCCAUCUGGAAGGAGCUGUACGAGGUGCGUAACAUGCGGCCCUCUUUCAGCACGCCACUGGGUCUCUAUGGUGGUAUCCUGUACUCUGGUCUCGAAGCAUACGUCCUCAAGGGCAAGGCUCCCUGGACUUUGAAGCACCACGGUACGGAUGCUGCUGCGACCAAGAUGGCAUCUGAAUGCAACAAGAUCGAGUACCCCAAGCCAGACGGAGUGAUCAGCUUUGAUAUCCUCACUAGCGUCAGCCGCACCGGUACCAACCACGAGGAAGACCAGCCGGUGCAUUUGCAGGUGGAGGACUGGGACAAGCACACUGAUGUUGCCUGGCCCAAGUACCAGGGUGUCGAGAACCGCUUCUGCCCUGCCGGUGUGUAUGAGUACGUGGAGGACUCUAGCAAGCCUCACGGCGUUCGCUUCCAGAUCAACUCUCAGAACUGCAUUCACUGCAAGACCUGCGAUAUCAAGGUGCCUACCCAGGAUAUCAACUGGCAGACACCUCAAGGUGGAGAGGGCCCGAAGUACUUUAUGACUUAG